GUGAUCACAUGAACCACGGAGCCGGAGGGCGAUCUCAACAAUCCAUUUGUUGCUUUACAGUCAUUGUCAUUGUUGUGUUACAGUAGUGUGUAUUAGAUAUUUUACUGUUGCGUUUGGAGGUGAUAAGAUGACGUCCAGUGAGCCUAUCGAUACAAUAAACCAACUACCAGACAAGGUGCUGGGCGCGAUUUUCGACUAUCUAGACAAGGAAGAGGUGAAAAAUGCUUCCCUCGUCUGCAAUCGCUGGAACCACAUCAUCUUUCACAGUCCUUACAUCGAACGUUUUCAAUUGAUGUUAUAUGAUGGAUCGAUCCGUGCUAGGGAGCGAGAGAUGCUGGAAACUAUUGAACCCACUCUUGUUCGCACUUCAGCUCGGCAACAAAAACAAAUGAAACGGAAGAUGCAGCAGCAGAUCCGGCAACAAGCGUUAAAGGAAGUGUUGCAGUCGCGACGCUGCUAUCGUUACAUUUCCUAUUACAUGGAUUAUGAUUUCGCGCUCCAAACGAUGACAACUCAUAGGCUGCAGCAGCUUCAAAAGCUGUGGUUAGAUGUGAAUACUACAUGUUUCACUUCGCUGGAUAUAUGGAUAACUUUCGCCAACGCAAUUCCAUUGAUGGCACAACUGCACACGCUCUACAUCGAAACCAGCAGCAGUGAAGGCGUGUGCGCGUACAACGUAGCUCUGAUAGUGAGCAGUGCGUCAGUGAAGCUUCUUUCGAUUGAUUACGAUUUUCCUCUCGUGGCCGAUAUGCCUGCCUUAGAAACGUACAAGGGCCCUCUGGACAAUCUCCAUCGGUUCGGCCCCAAUAUGCCCCGCAAUCAGUUCGAUAAAAUGCAAAAGUUAACCAUUAUACGCAGUGAGUACGCGAACAAAUGGACGGUAAACGAUUACCGAGAGUUUUUUCGCCGUUUGCCAAACUUACAAAGAAUUAAAACUCUAACAUUCACGGUCACCGCUACAUUCCACAUGCAAAAAAAACCUCAACUGGUGUAAACUCCCCCCAUAGCAGAAUGGUUAAUCACUGCGUUGACGCCUGCACACUUCCUAGAACGGUGGUCAACGAGGAGUUUCAUUUGAUGAUGCAAUGCAAAUGACGUAUAGUGCAACAGGAAUCCGAAUGCAGCGACUGUUGCAUCGAGUGCGAUUGCAAUGAGCUAGUCAGUUGAACCGCGACAGUGUUCGCGAUCACGUUGGUGCAGGACAUUGUGCUUAGAAGUGAACCCUCGAGGGACGCAUACAGGACGGUGCGAUGAGCUCAUCGGAAGACCAGAAUUUUAUUGGAGUGUUGCCAGAAGAGGUUUUGUCAGAGAUUUUCAAAUGGCUUGACUUGCGAAGCGUAAAAAAUGCGUCACUCGUCUGCCAACAGUGGAGCCGGAUCAUCUUUUCAAACCACAACAUUCAACGGUUUUGUUUAGUGCUCGACACAAGACCAUUGCAUUCGCUCAUAAGAGGAGAGUUGGCGAAAAAAUGGGACGCAUAUAGCAAAUGGGCGCACCGAAAACGUAAACAAUUUAGACGCGCCGUACAGCAUGACGAGAUACAGCGAAUCGUACAAUCGCAGCGUUGCUAUCGAAGCUUAUCAUGUGAACAAACUGAGGAAAAGGAGAGCACUUAUUUAUUUAAAUCUCUUCACCCGUGGAAAACGGAGCAUCUCCAUACCUUGAAAAUAGAUAUUAAAUACCAGGAUUGUACAAAACAAAUGUUAAACUUAUUCGCCAGUGUGAUACGGUGCAUACCACAACUACAUUCCUUGGUACUAUCGCGAGAAUCAGAUUCUGAGCAAGAGCAAAAGCCUUGGGUCGAACUUCACAGUAAAACCGAGCGGAAUCUUCUGCUAAAUGGCGUCUUCCCAGCAGUAUUCGAUAUGCCAGCGUUGCAAACCCUUACGACGGUACAGCGAACAAUUCAUCAAGCUGCUCAUAAUUUUCCGCUGGAAAAUAUGAAGGAAUUAACAUUAAAAAAUCCAUAUGACGAAUCCGAUUAUGUGCCCAAUACGAACGUGCAUCAACGGUUAACGAAUCUCGAAACGUUGCGAUAUAACACUAAGAUAAAAGAAGAAGAGUUCCUUGCGGUAUGUAAACACUCUAGGUUGCUAAAAGAAUUGGUCAUCGAGCGUAGCCAUCCAAUCUCGCAAGAAAGGGUCUUUUACCAUCUCGCUAAGCUAACAAAUCUCCGUAGACUUAGCUUGCUAGAUAUUAAUAUUCCUGGCACUGUGAACUGUGAUCUCGUGAAACUUUCCAAACUAGAGUAUCUUAAUUUGGGAAACUUGUCGGUUGAGAAUAGUUUGGUCCUUAACCUUCCCCAAUCGAUCACAAACCUUACGAUAAAGGUAACUCCUCAAAAUGAACGCAGUCUGAUGCGCGUCAUAACCAGCUCCUUGCCCAAGUUAAAGAUGCUUAGUAUACAUCUACCCAGCGACGAUCGCAGUGUGAUUGCUCAUGCCCCUAUUGUCACGCUAAGGCUUUUACCGCUUCUAACAUGUCUAGAAGUGUUUGAAUUUUCAUAUGGAUACUUUAGUAAAUCAUGUUUGUUUAACAUGUCCGCCCCGAUGCAACGGCUGCGCAAGUUGCGCCUCGAGCGAUGCCGGCUUGAGACUAAAACUCUCAAGGGACUCCACGAGAAGUUUCCAAAACUAAAGGAGCUCGGGUUUGAGUGCUGCAGGCUUAAGUCAGGCGAUGUCAUUGUAGACGAAUACCGUUGUUUCUAAGAGUCAUGGUUUCCAAUGAAUGAGUUAUGUAAUACAAAUAAAGAA